AUGUCAGUGCCAAAAGCGGUAACCCCGAGCUACACUCCGGCUUACCAUGCGGCGCUGCAUAGGGAGUCCCUGCAGAGCUUACCUUGUCCUUCGCUCCUGCAAUGUGUUCCCUGCAGCAUCCCCGGCCAUCUCCUCUGUCCGAUGCCGGCAUCCGGCUUCUGUGUUCCGGUCCCUGUGACGUCGGGACGUACGGGCGCCGCCGGCGACGGGAAAUUUGAAAAUUUUAAAAAAUGUAAUUUUUUUCAAAACAAAUUUUUCAUAUGCUUUGUCCUGUGCCCUGCCUGCAUUUUGUCUGUUCUUUCU